CAGCGUAUUGAAAAGAAAGAAACGGGUUUGCCAUGUUUUCAAUCUCCUUUACAUGCCUCGCUAUUCUUUAGAAGGCUUGCCUCUGCUUUACCAUUCACUGUCUGUAUAAAAUUACACUUUGCCACACUUUUAUAAGGCAAAAGAGAAACAAACGUGGUCGGGGUUGUUCUGACACGAAGGAGCUGGUUAUUAUCAUGGCUGUGCUGUACAGAUCGGCAUUGUAAGAAAUCCUUUCGCGUAUAAUAAUCCUGAACCGAGAUAGGAGCCGCUGCGCGCCGGGACAAAUCACAUGACCGAGAAAGGGCUUGCUGAAACGAGUCGGACUGAGCAAGAGUAAACUUUGAGAGAGAGAGAGAAGGAAGGAAGGGAGGGAGCACCGCAGCUCCGAAAUAACACAGGAUAUCGCAUUGGCAGGCUCGCUGAGAUUCAGAUCACACAACAUAAAGGAUGGGUGUCUGUAGGUAAGGAGCGAUGGAGAGGCAAUCGGACGCCGCGGCAGUCCCGCAGAGGAAAGCGAUGGGCUCGCCCCAGAACGGGGAUGAGGGAUCAAACCGAGGCGCUGUCCCGGGGAAUCUCUGUCAGCCUCUCCUCUCGCCUUGCAGCAGCAGCGGCUUGCAAGGAGUCGUGGACUCGGAAGGGCGUGUGGACGAGUCGAGGCUGAGAGCGUACAUCUUCAAACAAGGUGGCGUGCUGCCCGGGGAUCGGAGGCUGGUGUGGGGGUUCCUGUUCGGGAUGUACCCCUGCAGCUCGACGGCGCUGGAGCGGGCCGCGCUGUCCGAGGAGCUGGGAGUCCGCUACCAGACCAUGAAGAGGAAGUGGCAGAGGGAGCUGCCCGGGGCGGUGCGCAUGCGGCUCAACGGGACGGACGAGGAGCUGAUCGCUGCUGUGAAGCGCUUUGAGCGAAGUCGACUCGAGGCCGAGGAAUCGGAAGCAGAGGAAAGCGAGGAGGCGAGGGAGAAGAAGGCCUUCCUCAAACUGCAGGCUCAGGUUCUCAUUGACCGGGUGCAGCUGGACAUCGAGGAGCUGCAGGAAGCCGUCCGGAUCAUAGACAAGGACGUGCCCCGGACUGAGAGGGACCUGGACUACUUCCUGGGCGAGGGUUCUGCUAACUUGCUGGUGUUGAGGGAGGUUCUGAUCACCUUCGCCGCGUUCCACCCAGACGUGAGCUACACUCAGGGUAUGAACGAGCUCUGCAGUCGCUUCCUGGAGGUGCUCGACUCUGAGAGGGACUCUUACUGGUGCUUCUCCUCCUACAUGGAGAAGAUCGCAGACGACUUCAAAGCCGACGGGCUGCGCAGGAAAAUCGAGCUGGAGGUGAAGCUGCUGCAGGAGUUGGACCCCGAGCUUCACGCUCACCUGGGGAGAGAGGAUCUGGGCAGCCUGACGUUCUGCCACAGGUGGCUCCUGCUGGGGUUCCAGAGGGAGUUCGAGCACAGCGACGCUCUGCGGCUCUUUGAGAUCCUGAGCAGCAACCAUCUGGAGCUGAACGAGAUCCGGGACCAGGAGAGACUGAGGGGAGGAGGGGAGGGGAGGACGGAGCUGCCCCCCUCUGUGAACCCCGACUUCACCUUCGAGCUGUUCCUCUGCACGGCCAUCCUGCUGGAGCACAGAGCCACGCUGCUGAGCUGCCCCAGCGAGGUGCAGCUCAUCCAGUUCACUAACAGUUUGCAAGGUAAGCUGGAUCUGAACGCCACGCUGCAGAAAGCGGAAGAGCUUUUUAUUAAGUACUGCAAGAAGUCUGUGCUGGACUGUUUCAAGAACCACUGCCUGCCGUCUAAAGACAGGGAGCCCUUCAGCUUCCCUCUGCGAAGCUUCUUCUCCUGAGCGGCAGGGAGGAGAGACACACCCCCCCAAACCCCGAACCCCAGGCCACUGCAGUAAUAAGAGAGGAGAGGCUGGCGCCCGGACCUGUCGCAGUGAAACACGAGACACAAGACACAGCUGUGCCUGGGCGACAGGAGACACCCGGCGAUGUGCUCAUUCCAAGAACGAGUCUGGCAUUGAUCCCGGACGAGCCUCCGGAAGAAUCGUGUGCGAGUGAAGCGAGCACGGCACGGCAGCGCUGCGUGGAGAGGGCUGUUUGUAGAGCAGUGUGUCUGAAAUAAAAGAGAGAGCUGAA